AUGGCGGCUGCGCGGGCGGGUCCUGAGGCGCCCGGCAGCCCCCGCGCCCGCCGCCGCCAUGGCCUUCACGUUCGCCGCCUUCUGCUACAUGCUGGCGCUGCUGCUCACGGCCGCGCUCAUCUUCUUCGCCAUCUGGCAUAUUAUAGCAUUUGAUGAACUGAAGACUGAUUACAAGAACCCCAUAGACCAGUGUAAUACACUCAAUCCUACAGUUGAAAAGGUCAAAAAGAUUAAAAGAGUCAAAAUUGCAUUAAAGCUUGUACUUCCAGAGUACCUCAUCCAUGCAUUCUUCUGUGUCAUGUUUCUCUGUGCAGCAGAGUGGCUCACACUGGGUCUCAAUAUGCCCUUGUUGGCCUAUCAUAUUUGGAGGUACAUGAGCAGACCCGUGAUGAGCGGCCCGGGGCUCUACGACCCUACGACCAUCAUGAAUGCAGAUAUUUUAGCCUAUUGCCAGAAAGAAGGAUGGUGCAAAUUAGCAUUCUACCUUCUAUCCUUUUUUUACUACCUAUAUGGCAUGAUUUAUGUCCUGGUGAGCUCUUAAGAAGACACUCAGCAAGCUUUGUUCCAGUUAAGUGCAUGCAAAAGCCACAAAAACCAUGGAUUCUUUACAACGAGAACCUCUGACCAAGAAUUAAAUCCGGAACCCAACGAUCGCAAUUGCGUUAGAAAACAAUGCCUCCCCUCUUUUUAAAAUGUUUCCACAUUUGACACUUGUGGAAAGACUGUUUUCUUAUAUUUUACUGGGACGCUGAAAUUAAAGAAUUACGUGUAAAUUAAUAUAAAGGUGACUGGGGUUUGGAAAGUUUUGACUUUGCACUGCAUAAGGAACAGCCAUAACCUUGGAGUAGCUGUUGGUUACUGCUAGCCUUAGGACACUAGGGAAUUGCUGUAGGCUGGGCUUUGUAGUGGCUCACUUGGACUUGUGUAUCCCACUCUUAACUCUAAAUCAGCUGUAGCUCCGAGUGCUUGGGAAGGAACUGGAAUGCUCUGUUUUGCCCGUAGGUGACGUUGGUCUUAGGAUAUGAAUUCAUGGACACAAUUGCAAAAAUAGUUCUAUUUUGGUUUGGGUUUUUGGUUUUUUUCUGUCUGGUUAGUCUUUCCCUGUUUGUGCAUGGUCCAGGUCCUUCUGUGUGUCCUCCAAACAUUAGCCCUGCUUUAAUCUCGUGUCAUUGUGAUAGGAGAAGCUGAAUUGUCCAUGGAGGAAUGAAUUUAAAUGACUUUUUUUUUUUUUUAAAUGUCUGUGCUGUCUGAUUAACAAAUGGAUGAACCUCCAACAUUUACCAAGUCCAGCAAUGAAAAUACUCUUGGGUUUAAGAGUAAUAAAUACUCCAGACUUUUUUCAAAGCAGAAAGUGAGAUUGUGAAACUGCCCCGCUGUUCCUUAGUGCAAUAAAUGACAAUAAAAAACAAAUCUCAAAUUCAGCAACA